CCCAUCCAUUGCUGGUUGAUUGAUUCAUCCCUGGUUCACCUCCUGCCAUUCCAGCUGUGAGCUGACUCGCACCAUGCUUCUCGCUCAGACCCGGGGGCGUCUGCCCUCUGCUCUGCGGAGCGUCUCUCAAUCUGCUCGGGCGCUCUCGACAACGCCGCGGUAUGCUGCUGCUUCCGACUCGACCGAAAAGAUCAUGAACCGCGUGUCGAGCACCAUCACACAGCCCGUCUCCCAGGGUGCCUCGCAGGCGAUGCUGUACGCCACGGGACUGACGGAGGAGGACAUGAACAAGGCGCAGGUGGGCAUUUCGUCGGUGUGGUUCAGCGGCAACCCGUGCAACAUGCACCUGCUGGCGCUCAACAACAAGGUGCGCGAGGGAGUGCAGCGGGCGGGCUUGGUGGGCUUCCAGUUUAACACGAUCGGAGUCAGUGACGGUAUCUCGAUGGGCACACCUGGUAUGCGCUUCUCGCUGCAGAGCCGAGACCUGAUUGCCGACUCGAUCGAGACGGUCAUGGGGGGCCAAUGGUACGACGCCAACAUCAGCAUUCCCGGUUGCGACAAGAACAUGCCCGGUGUGAUGAUGGCCAUGGGCCGUGUCAACCGCCCCAGUCUGAUGGUGUACGGCGGUAGCAUCCGGGCCGGGUGCGCGUCGACGCAGAACAACGCCCAGGUGGACAUUGUCUCGGCCUUCCAGGCGUACGGCCAGUUCAUCAGCGGGGAGAUCACCGAGCCCCAGCGCUUCGACAUCAUCCGCCACGCCUGCCCCGGCCAGGGUGCAUGCGGUGGCAUGUACACGGCCAACACCAUGGCCAGCGCCAUCGAGACCAUGGGCAUGACCCUGCCCGGCUCCUCGUCCAACCCGGCCGACUCGCAGGCCAAGGUGUUCGAGUGCCUGGCGGCGGGAGGCGCCAUCAAGCGCCUGCUGGCGGAGGACAUUCGCCCGUCGGAUAUCAUGACCCGCCAGGCGUUCGAGGAUGCGAUGGUUGUCGUCAACAUCACCGGCGGCUCCACCAACGCCGUGCUGCACCUGAUCGCCAUCGCCGACGCAGUGGGCAUCAAGCUCACCAUCGACGACUUCCAGGCCGUCUCGGACCGGAUCCCCUUCAUCGCCGAUCUCAAGCCCUCGGGCAAGUACGUGUUUGCCGACCUGCACGACAUCGGCGGUACCCCGGCCCUGCUCAAGUACCUGCUCAAGGAAGGGCUGAUCGACGGCUCCCGCAUGACCGUCACCGGUGAAACCAUGGCCAAGAACCUGGAGAAGGCGCCCGACUUCCCUACGGACCAGAAGAUCUUCCUGCCCAUCACCGACCCGAUCAAGAAGACCGGUCAUAUCCAGAUCCUGCGCGGCUCGCUGGCCCCCGGCGGCUGCGUCGGUAAGAUCACGGGCAAGGAGGGAACCAUCUUCCGCGGCAAGGCUCGCGUCUUCGACCACGAGGACGACUUCAUCGCGGCCCUCGAGCGCAAGGAGAUCAAGAAGGAGGACAAGACCGUCGUUGUCAUCCGCUACACGGGCCCCAAGGGUGGGCCUGGCAUGCCUGAAAUGCUUAAGCCCUCAUCCGCCCUGAUGGGCGCUGGUCUCGGCAAGUCCUGCGCCCUGAUCACCGACGGCCGGUUCUCUGGCGGCUCCCACGGUUUCCUGAUCGGCCACAUCGUGCCCGAGGCCGCGGUGGGAGGGCCCAUCGGUCUCGUCGAGGACGGCGACAUGAUCACCAUCGACGCGGAGACGCGCGUGCUCGACCUCGAAGUCGACCAGGAGAUCCUCGUCGAGCGCCGCAAGGAGUGGGAAGUCCGCAAGGCGGAGGGUAAGCUUCCCAAGACCGGCUUGGAAUUGCGCGGUACUCUUGGAAAAUACGCCAGAAAUGUCAAGGAUGCCAGCCACGGGUGCAUUACCGAUGCGUUGGACUAAAUCAUAAAAGUGUACUUUAUAAUUAUCGCAGGCU